AGAGUUGAAAUUCCAUUCUUUGUGAUAAAAUGGAUUUUUUGUGGCUCAACCAAUUUGGAGUCCUCCUCUGGAAAAAUUUCGUUUUAAAGAAAAGGAAGAUAAUGUCUUUAAUUGUGGAAAUCUCCAUGACAUUCUUCUUCUCUCUACUGAUUUUGCUUCAUCGCAGAGAUAUAAAGAAAACGUUUCAGAAUGUUACUGUUUUCAAGCCUGUUCCUUUGUUGAUCCCACCUGAUUUCUUCUUUAAUAGGAGCCGUGAAUAUGAAUUAGCUUAUGUGCCUUCUACAAGUGAUGUGGUAAAAAAUAUUACUGAGAUGGUGAAACAGAGUUUACUUGUCAAUUUUACAGUUCGAGGCUUUUCUUCAGAAGCAGAGUUUGAGAAGUACGUUGAGUAUGAAAGGAAGCCUAAGGUUCAGGUGCUGGCUGCUAUCGUAUUUGAUCAUGACUUCAAACACAGCGAUGACAGUUUGCCACUUCAGGUAAAAUAUCAUCUGCGUUUGGGUGCAGGUACUGAGAAAUCUUCAAAUUUGCUAAGCUCCUUAAAAGAUACUGGAUGGAAUACACAUCUUCUCUUUCCAGAGUUACCUUCUGUAGAACCCAGGAACCCAUUUGAUGAUGAUGGAGGAGAUCCUGGGUACAUCAGAGAAGGGUUCCUGCUUUUGCAGCAUGUCGUAGAUCAGGCCAUCAUGACGUACCAUAACGGCAGAGCUGUAGAACAAUUGUUUAAUGAUGUCUUCAUUUAUCUUAGGAGGUUUCCAUCCCCUGCUUAUUAUAAUGAUAGUUUUUUGUCGCUUUUUAUACAUAUCUUCCCUUUGAUAAUUUUACUUAUAUUUUCUCUAACUGAACUUACCCUCAUCAGGACCAUUGUUUCGGAAAAGGAAAAGAGAUUAAAGGAGUACCAGCUCAUGAUAGGACUCAGUAAUGCUAUGCUCUGGGCUUCCUAUUUUGUUUCAUUCUUUCUGAUGUUUUUAAUUAUCAUCUGUUUACUAUGCGUGAUUCUAUUUGUCAAGAUCGUACCUGAGAUAGUCCUCCAGUACAGUGACCCGUCUCUCGUCUUCGUCUUUUUCCUGUGCUUUGUUGUCGCCUCUAUAUUCUUCGGCUUUCUGAUUUCCACAUUCUUUGACACAGCUACCUUGGCUGUUUCUGUUGGAGGUUUCCUCUAUUUUGUCACCUUCUUUCCAUAUGUGUUCGUGAGCACCUUGUAUACACAGAUGGCCCUCACCGAGAAGCUGGCUUUCUGUCUCUUUUCAAAUGUCGCUGUAGCUUUGGGGGUUGAUUUUAUAAGCAAGAUGGAAAUGAAGCAAUAUGGUGUCCAGUGGGAUAACAUCCUGUCACCAGUGAACCCAGAUGAUGACCUUACUUUUGCUCAUAUUAUUGGAAUGCUUUUAUUUGAUGCUUUCUUGUUUGGCCUUAUGACCUGGUAUAUAGAUGCUGUCUUUCCAGGGAAGUAUGGUGUACCCAAGCCAUGGUAUUUCUUUGUGCAGAAAUCCUACUGGUUUGGUAAAGCUUUAAGCAUUAAGAAGAAAGAAGAUAGGCAAAUUGUUGAUACAAAUAGAAGUGAUCAUUUUGAAGAAGAACCUGUUCAUUUGGUGCCUGGUAUCAGAAUUCAACAUCUGUAUAAGGAAUUCACAAUGGAGAAGGAUACCAUCACAGCAGUAAAAAAUUUAUCUUUCAAUGUAUAUGAGGGGCAAAUCACUGUUCUUCUGGGACCUAAUGGGGCAGGAAAGACUACCACCUUAUCUAUUCUCACAGGUUUGACUCCUCCUACAAGUGGAAAGGUGUAUAUUAGUGGAUAUGAUACCUCAAAAGACAUGGUUCACAUCAGGAAUAACUUGGGCUUUUGCCCCCAGGAUGACAUAUUGUUUUCAGAAUUGACAGUAUCUGAACAUCUCUAUUUCUACUGUGUGAUAAAAGGAGUACCUCCAGAGAUACGUCCCACAGAAGUUAGUAAAAUGCUGACUUCUUUUGGCCUGCUGGAAAAGCAUGAUGCACUUGCAAAGUCACUGAGUGGAGGAAUGAAGCGGAAACUCUCCAUCAUUAUAGCACUUGUAGGAGGCUCCAAGGUGGUGAUACUUGAUGAGCCAACUUCUGGCAUGGACCCAGUCUCAAGGAGAUUCACCUGGAAUGUCCUUCAGCAGUAUAAACAUGAUCGUACCAUCUUACUGACCACCCACCACAUGGAUGAAGCUGAUGUCCUGGGUGACCGUAUAGCCAUCAUGGUCAAGGGAUCCCUGAAGUGUUGUGGUUCUUCAGUUUUCCUGAAAAGAAUAUAUGGUGUGGGAUACCACAUAAUUAUGGUGAAGGAACCUCAUUGUAAUGUUGAAGGAAUUACUCAAGUGGUUGAUCAGCAUAUACCUGACGCCAGAUUGGAGAGCAAUGUUGCAGCUGAAUUAUCAUUUAUCCUACCCAAAGAGUACACACACAGGUUUAAAGACCUUCUUACUGAUCUGGAAAACAGGCAGACAGAGCUGGGCAUUGGUAGCUUUGGUGUCUCGAUCACUACCAUGGAAGAAGUUUUCCUUAGGGUCAGUAGAGAGGAUGAAGAUUUCCAGACCCCAUCCCUAAAGGACAAAAACAGAAGAGAAAACAUGAACCAGAAUAUGAAUGCGCCCAGAAAUUUUGAGAGAGCAUACUCUCCCACCACAAGUGAACCCUCUAAUAUUAGGUUUAAUACUGGGGUGAGCAUCUUCACUAAGAAUGUAAUGUUAGUGUGGUCUCUUAACUGCCAGCAGUUCUAUGCCAUGUUCUUAAAGAGGGCUAUGUUCUCUUGGCGCAACUGGAAUAUGAUGUUGAUGCAGAUACUGGGGCUUCUGGGCAUUGUUUAUUUUCUCAUGAAAGCAAUGCAAAUUUCAAGAACUAGAGUUGAAACUUCCAGGGAAAUGGACUUGGAACAAUAUGGUCAAACCAUUGUGCCUUUCUCAGAUGAUGACCGUUCUAAUUUCUCUCAGAAUUUAACAAAAAUUCUUGAGAUCAUGCUAAAGGCUAAGAAACAAAAACUUCAGGAAGUGAAAGGUGAUUUAACAAAACACUUGGCGAAAAGUGAAGAAUGCAUUUACUCAUGCAUUAUUGCACUUUCCUUUCACGCUGAUAGAAACCAAAGGAUAGUUACCCUUUGGUUCAACAACAAGGCUUACCACUCACCACCAUUAUCCCUGGCAGUAUUAGACAAUAUUAUUUUUAUGGCACUUUCUGGCCCUGAUGCUUCAAUUACAGUCUCCAACAAACCUCAGCCUCAAAAUAUUGUUUCCAAAAAACUUGAGAGCAGAACAAUGACAGGAAUGCAGGUAGCCUUGAAUUUGUUUUUUGGUGUGAGUAUUUUUGUCAGUGGCUUUUGUCUUCUGACAGUGACUGAGAGAAUCACUAAGGCAAAGCAUAUCCAGUUUGUGAGUGGGGUCUCUCCCAUUAAUUUCUGGCUCUCUGCUCUGCUAUGGGACUUCAUCAUCUUCUUCAUCGCCUGCUGCUUACUAAUGGUGGUGUUCCUAUCAUCUGGAUUGGAUGCACUGACCAAGAAUUACCGAUUUCUGGACACACUGGUCAUCUUCAUGCUGUUUGGCUGGUCUGUCAUUCCCUUCACGUACCUGAUAAGUUUCCUUUUUUCUAGUCACACCAGUGCCUAUAUCAAGCUCGUUAUGUUAAACUACUGUGCAGGAGUUUUCAGCAUAGGAAUGGAUGUAAUAAUAACCAUAACAUCAGUAACUCAGAUGAAUGUAUAUAGUUUGGAAAGCGAUGCAAUAGGAAGAUUUUUAAUUGCGAUGGCUGUUACAGGAUUUGUUUUCUUCCUCUUGAUUUUCCUUUUGGAGACCACCUUAUGGAAAGUGAGAACCUUUGUAUUUCGCUAUAUUUUCUUUGGUGUCUACAAGAAACUUAAUAAGGAUAUAGUGUCCAAGGAAUUAUCUGGGGAAUCUGAAGAUGAUGAUGUACAAUAUGAAAGAAACAGAAUCCUGGAGCAGCCUCGGGAAUUGCUGAAUGACACAGUACUUAUUAAGGAACUCACAAAGAUAUAUUUUACAUGUCCAGCUGUUUUGGCUGUCAGAAAUAUCUCCCUUGGAAUCCAAAAGGAGGAAUGCUUUGGAUUGCUUGGCUUAAAUGGAGCUGGAAAAACCACUACCUUCGAAAUAUUGACUGGAGAGGAGACUGCUACCUCUGGGGAUGUGUUCAUUGAGAACUUAAGUAUCACCAAAAAUCUUCAAGAGGUAAGGUCAAAAAUAGGCUAUUGUCCACAGUUUGAUGCUUUGCUGGAUUACAUGACUGCUCGGGAAAUUAUAAUCAUGUAUGCCAGGUUGUGGGGGAUUCCUGAGACCCAGAUUACACAAUAUGUGAAUGAACUGUUGCAAUCACUGAAUCUGGAACCCUAUGCUGACAAGUUUAUUUACAGUUACAGUGGAGGAAACAAACGUAGACUGAGUAAUGCCAUUGCCCUAAUGGGAAAGCCCUCAGUCAUCUUCCUGGAUGAGCCAUCAACUGGCAUGGACCCAGGGGCCCGGCGCCUGCUCUGGAACACAGUAACAAGGGCACGUGAAAGUGGCAAAGUCAUCAUCAUUACCUCUCACAGUAUGGAGGAAUGUGAUGCCCUCUGUACCAGGCUGGCCAUAAUGGUGAAGGGAAAAUUCAAGUGCCUGGGCAGCCCUCAGCACCUCAAGAACAAGUUUGGCAAUGUUUACAUCCUGAAGGUUAAGUUCAACAUGGAUACGGAUGAGAAUAAAUUAGAGGAUUUUAAAAAAUAUAUUGCAACGGUUUUCCCAGGUAGUGAAUUAAAACAUGAGAAUCAAGGGAUCCUUAACUACUACAUUCCCAGAAAGGACAAUGGCUGGGGAAAGGUGUUUGGUAUUUUGGAGGAAGCUAAAGAGCAAUUCAAUUUAGAAGACUAUUCCAUCAGUCAGAUAACGCUGGAACAAGUCUUCCUGACUUUUGCCACCCCAGAGAACACAGAAGGUGAUUGAAAAAAAAGGUGCAAUGAG